ACUGGAGAUCAUGGGUAAGGAGCGAGCGCGACAGCGGGUUAGCGUGAAUAGUAGCGUGUAGGCCCUUGGUGCGGGCGGCCACUCACAGCACCAAGCACAGCUAGACCACCUCCAGCUGCGGCGCGCCGGGGGCCACACACUACUCAGCAGCAUGUUCUCCCUCCUGAACAAAAGAGAAAAUGCCCACUCAGAGGGCAUCUGGGCUUGUGCUUGGGGCCACUUUGUUCCUGAGGACAAAUCAAAGGAAAAAUCCUCUGAAGAAAAAGAUGAAAAUAAAGAAAAUGAAGAUACGCAGAAUGAAGAGGACAAAAAUGUGCCUGAUAUAGAGCAGAAGUAUGUGGUGACAGGCGGGCUGGAUGACCUGGUGAGGGUAUGGCAGUGGGGUGGCGAGGGUGAUGAUGAGUUGGCGCUGCUGCACACCCUGGAGGGGCACUCGCUGGGGGUCAUCUCAGUGGAUGUGAACCCUUCAGGUACCAUUGCAGCCUCCUCCUCCCUGGACUCCACCAUCCGCCUCUGGAAUCUCCACACCGGGGAACAGCUCCAAAGUAUUGACUGUGGCCCGGUGGAGGCAUGGUCUGUGGGGUUCAGUCCUGAGGGGAACCACAUUGCCUCAGGAAACUAUGCAGGGAAAAUCAACAUUUAUGCCACGGAAGGAGGCCACCAUGUUACCACCCUGGACACCCGAGGCCGCUUCACCUACUCCAUUGCCUACAGUCGUGAUGGGAAGUAUGUUGCUAGUGGUGCCAUUGAUGGGUUCAUCAAUGUGUUUGACGUGGAGAGUGGCAAGCUGGUGCACACCCUGGAAGGCCACGCCAUGACCAUCCGCUCCAUCACCUUCUCCCCGGAUUCCCAGCUGCUGCUCACUGCAGCUGACGAUGGACACAUGAAGAUGUAUGAUGUGAAGAGCAGCAACCUGGCAUGUACCCUGUCAGGCCAUGGCUCCUGGGUACUCAGUGUAGACUUCGCACCAGACCAGCAACACUUUGUCUCCUCCUCCUCAGACCACACUGUCAAGGUGUGGGAUUUUGCACAGCGGAACUGUGUCCACACCUUCAAGGAUCAUCAUGACCAGGUGUGGUGUGCCAGGUACAGCCAAGACAGCAGCAAAAUUGUGAGCGUGUCAGAAGACCGGAGUGUCAUAGUGUUCAACUCCCCUGUGUGAAGCGGCAGUGGCAGCCCAGUGGGUGACUGGUACAAGUGCAGAUCGGCUUCCUCCACCUGGCGUAUCUCACUAGUAUUUAUGAUGUUGCUAUUGUUUAAGGUAUGCUUGAUUGUGUGUGUUGUGUGGCUGCUUAUGUGCCAAUGCUGACUGGAACAGUCAUGAACAAUUUACAUUUGUGUGACAAUACCAUGCAGGGAUGACUGAUGAUUAAACAUUGUGUUUGGAUGUGAAAAAUGUGUAGGAUGCUCUCUCUCUCUCUCUCUCUCUCUCUCUCUCUCUCUCUCUCUCUCUCUCUCUCUCUCUCUCUCUCUCUCUCUCUCUCUCUCUCUCUCUCUCUCUCUCUCUCUCUCUCUCUCUCUCUCUCUCUCUCUCUCUCUCUCUCUCUUAUUUUGAUGCCCACCAGAAAUGGGCAUCAUAGAGGUCAGUACAAGGCAAUCCCUUGCACUUCUUACCUCACUUCAUGCCUUAGGUGCCCAGGACUGGUGAGAGUCUUACAGAGGUGCACAUGACUGGUGUGAAUUUUGGGAAAUUCGAAGGUUAGUGGCUGAUUUUGUUUCAUAUUAUCAUGAUUAGACAUUUUUACAAUCCAAAGCCACAAAGUGACAAUCAUGAUGAGUCUGGGCUAAAGGGCAUUACAAGUGAUGGGCUGUUGUGGCUCAUUAAAAAGACCCACUGGAUCAUAACAUGAUUAAUCUUAUAUCUUGAAUGCUAAAGCCUGAUGUCAGUAAACUCUUGGUUACCAUUAUCAUGUAUAGUCAUCUUUGAUCUCGAGUUACACCCAAACCAGUGGUGAAUAUUAAUUAUUUUGUGGCUUAAUGCAGAAAAUGUGGACUUGACAGACAUUAAACUUUUAGAACCUAUGUUGGGAUGUGUUGAGGCUGAGGUAAUCACCUUUCCUUACCUGGGGUUUGGUGAUAUCUGUAUAGAUUAGGUGACAGGAUAUGAAUGGCUUCCAUGUUUUAUUCAAAGACAGGUAAAAUGUUCUAAGAAAAGGCAGUUUCAUAUCUCAUUUUAUUUUCUGUUAUAAUUUCCCAGAGAACCUGCAUGGUACUGCAAAGAUUACUUAAACAUUUAUAAAGAUUGGUAUUAAGGCUGGGUUUUUAUCAUGAGACAAUGGAUUGCUUUACAUGUAUAAUUUCAGUGAUGCACAUUGAUGACAAUGCAGGACACUUAUCACUGUUCAUUCUCUCAAUUCUAUUGAUAGUGAAGCCAGAAUAUUGAUCCACCACUCAAAUUUUCUUGAUUCUAUCCCUAACAAGAAUGCGUCAUAGGGACAAAUCAGCAUAGCUGAGUGUGAUAAAAAAAGUUGAUCAUGAUGACUGAUAAAUUGAUAUUGAUAACCUUAUUGGCAAUAACUGGUAAUAAAUUUAUUGUCUGAUAACCAAUGAAUUGAUAAAUCCAAAAUUUUGAUAUUAGUGAUAAUCUUCAUCUUAGAAAACUUAGGAAAUCUUAGAAAAAACUUCAAAUUUACUGUUUAUCUGGUCUCUUCACUAAUGAAAAGUAGUUUUUUAAGUAAAAUAACUACAUUUGAUUUUGAAAGUUUAAAAACUUGAACAUGUGUAUGUUCCAAAAACUAAAAUGAUCAGUUAUUCCUAGUUUGGAACAAAGUAUUGGCAAUACCGAUGAAUCGAUAACCUGCGAAAAAUAAUUAUCGCAGAACCUGAUAUUGUUAUUGUGAAAACUUAUCGUAAUAAUGCCCAGCUAUGCAAAUGAGGCACUGUUCUUUCCAUGUCAGACUGACAGUCAUAAGUGUUCUGCACUUGGAAAUUCUCAAGUGCACAUAUUAGAAUACCAAUUUGUGAAGCUUUAAUCUUGGGUUCAGCUGGUACAAUAGUUUUUGUUGCAGUAGGUGGACGGUGUGCUGCCCUGCCCUGCCUAGCCUGGCAGGUGAAUGAGAACUUGGAUAUAGUAACAGGCUUCUAUCUUAAAAACAUAUGCACACUAUGUACAGCUAUAUAGUCAUAUACAUAUAUUUAUAUAUGAAUAUAUACAUUAUAUGGCACAGCAGUGACUAAUGUAAUGAUUGAUGAUGUGAGAGGUGUUGAUGUAGCCCCUGGUGUAGGGAAGAUAUGAGUGAAUUCAUUCUAUACUCGCUGCUUACAUCAGUGGUGUCCAGGCAUAAAGAACAAAAUGCUCUGUGUCAUUAAGCAUAUUACAUGGCAUGCUGUUCACUGUUGUGGCCAAGCAAGGCUUACAAAACAUUGUGGUGGUGGUGGUGCAGUGGUACCCAUCACAUGGCACCAAAUUGGUACUCAAACAACCUUGACAAAUUACUAGCUUAAAACCAUAAGAAUGUCACCUCUUACUAUAUUUUUGGAGAACUGUGUCCCACUAAUUGUAAUUCAAAAUUAGUUUUUUGUGAUUCUUUUCAGUUUUGGAGAACUGUGCCCCACUAAUUGUAAUACAAAAUUAGUUUCUUGUGAUUAUUUUAAGUUAUUAGUAUCUCCAUUUAGGGCAGGGAUACUUAAGAACAUUCAUAAAUUAUACUUCAUGCCAUUAUCAAAGUUAGUGCAGUGUAUACAGAAAGGGGAGGUGCCAUACCACCACUACAGAUGGAUGCUGGUUGGCUGGGCAAACAAGUCAUACUGAGCUCAUCUUUUGUGCCCAAUCCCUUAGCCUUAUUAACAUUUGUAUACAGUGCAUAGAUAGGAUGUGCAUUUCCUCUAAUACUGAGACUAUUAAUUAAAAUGAAUAUAUAUCUUAAGUGCUUGACAAUAUUCUGUCAAUAUAAUUGUGAAGAAUAACCUAUUAUGUGAUAUCACCUUGCCACCAACACAGUUUGCAAGUGUUACUCUGUUUGUAAUUCAUAUUACUUAUGUGACGUGUCACAUGAAAUUAUAAAGUCCAAAGCA